UUCGGUGGGGAAUCCACCAACCCACGACGCGUUUUCAACAGAACGCCGUCGUAUUCUUCAUCUUCUUAGACUUCUUAAGCUCCUCCUUUCUCUCUCUCUCUCCUCCGACCUCCGAGCAGAUCGAGAGAGAAAAGAAGGAGAAAAACAAUGGAGAUUUUCUACUUUCUUCUGUUCGGAGCCCUGGCAUUAGUGGUCGCGGCCUUGGAGCUAAGCAAGACCGGCAAGGAUCGCAUCAGCACCUCCCCUGCCUUCAAUGCCUUCAAGAACAAUUACAUCCUCGUUUACUCCAUCAUGAUGGCCGGCGAUUGGUUGCAGGGUCCAUAUGUUUACUAUCUCUACAGUCAAUAUGGCUUUGGGAAGGGGGAAAUUGGACAGCUCUUUAUUGCUGGGUUCGGAUCAUCUAUGGUUUUUGGGACGAUUGUUGGAUCUCUAGCUGACAAACAGGGUCGGAAGAGGGCAUGUGUUACUUACUGUAUUACUUACAUUUUGAGCUGCAUUACCAAACAUUCUUCGGAAUACAAAGUUUUGAUGCUGGGACGUGUUUUGGGAGGCAUUGCCACUUCUUUACUUUGUUCAGCGUUUGAGUCUUGGCUUGUUGCUGAACACAAUAAGAGGGGCUUUGACCAGAAAUGGCUUUCAAUUACAUUCUCGAAGGCAAUAUUUGUUGGCAACGGUUUGGUUGCCAUUGUAGCUGGGUUGGUUGGGAAUCUUCUAGUACAUACUCUGGAAUUUGGCCCAGUUGCCCCAUUUGAUGCUGCUGGGUGCUUUCUAGCAAUUGGAAUGGUCGUUAUAUUGGCGUCAUGGACCGAAAAUUAUGGAGACCCAUCAGAAAACAAGAGCUUGUUUUCCCAGUUCAAAGGUGCCACUAUGGCCAUUGCUUCUGAUGAGAAAAUUGCAUUGCUGGGUGCCAUACAAUCCCUAUUUGAAGGUUCAAUGUAUAUCGUUGUUUUCCUCUGGACUCCUGCUCUGAGCCCAAAUGAUGAGGAAAUUCCGCAUGGUUUCAUUUUUGCAACAUUCAUGCUGGCCUCAAUGCUUGGGACCUCUAUUGCAUCUCGAUUGAUGGCUCACUCAUCCCUCAAAGUUGAAAGCUAUAUGGAGAUUGUAUUUGUAAUCUCUGCUGCAUCCCUCUUGCUUCCUGUUGCAAUAAACUUCUUAGUAGUACCUUCUGGCGUGAAAGGUGGAAGCAUCUCGCUUUCAGGGUGGAUUCAGCUUGUUGGGUUCUGCACGUUUGAGGCAUGUGUGGGAGUUUUUUGGCCUUCUAUCAUGAAAAUGAGGUCCCAAUACAUUCCCGAGGAAGCAAGAAGCACCAUAAUGAACUUCUUUCGCGUUCCUCUCAACAUCUUUGUGUGCAUCGUGCUGUACAAUGUUGAUGCUGUUCCCAUCACUAUAAUGCUUGGCAUGUGCUCGAUCUUCCUCUCAAUAGCUGCUGUGUUGCAAAGGCGGCUCAUGAUGAUUGGAGAGAGUCACAGAUUAAAAACAGAAGACUGGACGCCACUAGACAAGUACAAAGACGAAGAGCCAUUAAAUCCUUAAUCGAUGCAAGAAGGAUCUUUGGAAUUUUUUGGAGUAUAGGUUUGGCUACUAGUCCUCAUUCCGGAUUUCUCGCUGCAAUUUUUGGCUGCUUGGCUUUUGUGGGAUGGUGCAAACUUCAUAGGGGCGUAAAAGGACUUUUUGGGGCUAUCAGCUGGUGGCCAGAUAACAAAUUAUAGCAAAGGUAACUGUAAUUAUAUGGUGUCUUCUGCAGUAACUAUAAACUACAGCUGGUGUCGGGUAAAUCUUCUCAUAUUUUGACAUUAGCAAAUUUGUUCAAGUCAUUAUACAAACGGUGUUCUUUUGGUUUUUGUCA